GCCGUUUUUGAGGAGCGUGAUCAGAGAGAAAGGCCGAUGGGGGAUUUCUCAUGCCCGCCCUCCCACGGAGUCGAGGCCAGGGCAUGUUUCUAUCAUCGCUGGCUUCUAUGAGGAUCCUAGUGCUGUUACUAAAGGAUGCAUGUAUAGGAUCUCGUAAGUUUGGAAGGAAGCAGAAGAGAGCAUUUGCCUUUGGUAGGCUUGUGGUGAGAUUGUACAUGUUCCAUUUUCUCUUAAGCAUGAUUGUAGCAACGUGAGCUGCAUGGUGCACUUCCUGUUUGGAAUGCUAUGACCAUCCACCCAGAUGUGCAAGGCAUCAUUGACAGAAAUGCGUAGAUGAGAAUUAUUCUAAACUUUAAAACAACAUUACAUUCAAGGUCAUGCUAACGCGAUGAAGUGAUGCUGGAUAAUUGAGCAACUUCUUAGCUGUGCCAAUUGGACUGGAAUUACCUUAGAAUUUAUUUCCCUUUUCUCUUAAAUAAUUUCUUGUAUAACACUUCUGUUAUUCUUAACUAUCAUUGACUGCUACCUAUUGAUGAAAUUUGGAGUCUUUUUUGGAAAGUUGACUAAUUUUCUUGUGCCUUUUGCAGGGUGGAAAGCCAAUCCUGUUGAGUUUGAUUCGGUUUUUAAUCGGAGUCGCCAUACAUUUGCUUUUGGUAGUCCAGAUAUUGUUCCUAUUUUCUGCCUCAAUGUUCCUCACAGCUCCUGGAAUACAUAUCCCCAUGAAUUUGAGGACUUUGCAUCAGAUGCUGCCUUUUUGGACCAUUGGUCAUUUGAUCAAUUUCAGAGCCUUCUAAAUAGAUCAUAUAAAGAUCCAAAGUUGAAACAGUUACUAUUGCAGGAUAAUUUGGUUGUAUUUCUGCAUCUACUUGGUUGUGAUACCAAUGGUCAUGCACAUCGUCCCUACUCAUCCAUCUAUCUUAACAAUGUCAAAGUUGUAGAUCAUAUUGCUGAAAGUGUUUAUAAUCUUGUUGAAAGCUACUUCAAUGACAACCAAACUGCUUAUAUUUUUACAGCUGAUCAUGGAAUGAGUGACAAAGGAAGUCAUGGAGACGGGCAUCCUAGCAACACUGAUACUCCAUUGGUUGCUUGGGGAGCUGGGAUUCGGAGUCCCAUGUGGUUGCUUCAUAGUAGCCAAUCAGAUGAUGGUUUUCGAUUUGUUGAUGAUCAUGGGCAUGAUUUGCCUACGCCUGUUGAGUGGGGUCUCACUGGCAUAGAAAGAGUUGACGUCAAUCAAGCUGAUAUAGCACCUCUAAUGGCGACUCUAAUUGGUUUACCUUGUCCUGUCAAUUCUGUUGGGAAUUUGCCACUGGAUUAUCUCAGAUUAAAUAAGGCGGAUGAAGUUGAGGCUGCUCUGGCAAAUACAAAGCAAAUUCUGAAUCAAUUCCUUCGCAAAUCAUAUUUGAAGCAGUUGAAUUCAUUGCACUUCAGGCCAUAUAAACCAUUGAUGAAUUAUUCAUCAAUUCUAAGUGAGAUUGAAGAUCUUAUAUCUGAAAGGAAUUUUGAGGCUGCUAUGAAGUCCUCCACAAAACUGAGAAGCUUGGCUCUGACGGGCCUUCAUUACUUUCAAACUUAUGAUUGGCUGAUGCUCAUGACUGUGAUUACUCUUGGGUACAUUGGAUGGAUGGUCAAUCUCAUACUUCAUGUACUUCAGUCAUAUACAUAUUUAUCAGCGAAUGUUUCGCUGAGGAAACAGAAGGUAGCACCUGGAACUGGAAGCACAAUAAAAAGGGUGCAUCUAGGUGGAUGUCUGCUAAUCUGUUUACUUUCCACCAUCAUGUAUUUGGAGAAUGCUCCCCUUCUGUAUCAUGCUUACUUUGCUAUGACUGUUUUUCUUUGGACGCAAAUUUUUAGUAAUGUUCCAUUUUUAAAGGCAGUAUGGAGAGAUAUUGCUAGUAGAAAGCUUGGCUCUAGUAUGAAGCUUCUUUGCAUAUCAACUUUAUCGAUCUUCAUUCUUGAAUGCCUGGUCAGCAGCUUUUCUGAAAGAAAAUUGUACACUUGGUGUUUUCUUACCGUGGGAAUUGUGGUGGCACUAUUUAUUUUCUUGUGUAGGCUUCAAAGAUCUUUUAUGGCGAUUUAUAUAUGGAUGGCAUGCUGGUUCAUAUCCACAUUUACUUUGAUGCCUGCAGAAAUUCCUGAUAACACCAAUCUUGUAAUUCUCAGUGGAGCUCUAGCAGUGUUGAUAGGAAUGGCAGCCAGAUGGUAUGGUUCUAGCAAUAAAUGUGAUAAGUUUUUGUUAUUCUUUACCCAACACGAUACGCGAACCAGAAUUCCUUUGCUUUUUCAGUUUCAGGUAUUUCUGGUUGUGUCGUCAUCAGGGAUGAUCUGGCUGUCUACUUCUCACAGGUCUCGAGAGAAGGAAUUAAUGAUGGCACACCAGUUGAUAAACUGGUCCUUAGCUGGCAUUUCGUUGCUCAUGCCUUUGUUUUCACCACGUGGCCUCUUGGAACGCUUGACCUCUAUCUUCUUGGGUUUGGCACCACCGUUCUUAUUAUUGUCUAUUGGAUAUGAAGCUUUAUUCUACAGUGCACUUUCACUGGUACUUAUGGGCUGGAUUUUAGUUGAAUGUGCAAUUCUGAAUUUGACUGAAGGCAAGGAUGCUGCAGGUCACAUUGAAAGCCUGGAGGUUACAACAAUAAAUAAUAAUGAUGAAAGAAACCUGCAGUUGUUUGACCUGAGGAUUCCUUUGAUAUUUAUGGUCUUGUUUAAUGUUGCUUUCUUUGGAACGGGUAACUUUGCUAGUAUUGCUAGUUUCGAAAUUUCAUCUGUCUAUCGUUUCAUUACAGUCUUCAGUCCAUUUCUAAUGGCUGCUCUGCUGAUUUUCAAGUUGUUUAUCCCAUUUAUGCUAGUCAUAUGUGUCUUUGUUGCAAUAACCAAGCUUGUGCGACUUCCACGGUUGGGGUGUUAUUUUCUUGUGAUCUUAUUUUCAGAUGUGAUGACCAUUCAUUUCUUCUUUCUUGUACGAAAUACCGGAAGCUGGAUGGAAAUUGGUAACAGCAUCAGUCAUUUUGGAAUUAUGAGUGCCCAAGUCGUUUUUAUUUUGAUGCUCUUUGCCCUAACCAAUAUCUACACACGAGAUAUUGAAAUUGGCUACCUGCAGUUAGCUUCACAAAAAGUAAUUUAGUAUAUGGGUGUUCUACUUCAAUGUGGAAGAUCCUUGGUCUUUACAAAAAGCUAACUGGGACGAGGUCAUACUCCUUGCAUUUCUUUCAAUUUUCUUUAGCUUUUCAUAUGGAGCUGUUUUUGCUCCAAGUUUUCUUAGCUUGUUCUCUGAUGCCAUAUCAACAUUUCCCUACUUUUCUGCCAUUUAGGGAUGUUAGCAGUCCAUGAUGAAGAUUUGCCUCUGAUAGCUAUACAUAUAUGAGCUACUUAGAUAAUGAUUAUUGUUUCAUUUUAUAAGUGUUUCGUAUGUGUUAGGUGAACUACAACAGUUUUGAAGUUUCAUUUUUAAUUUUUCUGAAACUUACAAUGAAACGCCAGCAUUUGAUUUGGCAAUGCACGAGGUCAUAUACUGCUUUAUGUAUUACAUUGAAAAAAAUCAUGAAAUGUUACGUUGUAUCUGAAUGCAAACUAUCAGUUGAAUGAGAAUUUGCUUUUUUUGUUUA